AUGGAGGUCCCUGCAGGGCUGUCUGCCGGAAAGGAGCCCUCUGCCUUGCCCGCUGCUGCAGCUGUUCCCAGUGACUCACAACCGACACCAGCAAAACCAGUACAGAUCGCAGUACUGACGGCGCAGGACCUGAAAAGUAUCAAAAGCGAUGUGUCAGUUACUUUGGUGCGUGUGGAGUACAACGGAGCGAUCUUGGGAGACUCCUCCAAGACUGACGUCUUGCCAAGCGGGACAGCAACCUAUAAUUUCACGACCAGCUUUGAGUGCAGCCCCGAUGGGCCCAACUCCUUGGACGACAUUGCGCACAAACCUGUGCUCUUGACAGUGAUAGAAGUGUUGCAAAAGGAGAAGAAACAGAAGGAGAAGACCGUGCCUCUUGGCCAAGCUGUGGUGGACCUUCUACCUCUGCUGCAAGGACAGUGUUCAUUUAAGGUCUCGGCUCCUUUGUAUGCAGUGCCCCCUUCUCCAUUAGAGAGCCUUCACCCGGAGGCCAAGGGUGGCCUUGAAGUGACAGUGUGUGUCGAAGAGCCCCUGCUUUCUGCAGAGCAGCUUUCAAAUGGUAACCUCCUGAGUGUCACGCUGGAGGCUGCUUAUUCUGUCCCUGAAGCAUUUGCUCCCACCGGACCCCCCCAAAACUACAUGGCUUGCUUGCAAGUACCAACAGCUGGGGAGAAGGAAUUCCCCUUGCUCUUCAAGAAUGGCAUCCUGAAGCUUGCCGGUGAAAAAGAGCCAUUACCCCGGCCCAAAAAAUGGUCCCUUGCGAACAUCAUGGCUCCUGGUGCUCUGAGCAUACCCAACUCCUUCAUCGUUGGUGGUCCCUAUGAGGAUGAGGAUGGAGAGCUCAACAAAAGAGAGGACAGGGAGUUUAGGAUCCAAGCGGAAAGCAUGAAGAGAAUCGUCUGGGACAUGGAAAGGCGCUGUUACCUGGAUCCCGCUGCAGUAGGCAUCCUGCAGAAGCGCAUUGCGGAGUGCCAGUACUGGCCCGUGGAGGUCUGCAGGAUGAAUGUGGCCUCACCCAGCAAAGGAAAAACUAGCAAAGCUGACAAGGGAGAUGAGGACAAGCAGAUUUUCUUCCAUGGCGUGGCGUAUGUCAACAUGGUGCCUUUGCUGUGCCCCGGAGUGAAGCAGAUCCGAGGUGCUUUUCGCAUCUUUACCUACCAAGACAGCGAGGUGUUCGAGAAGACUAAAUGUCAGCACAGUGUUUUCCGGGAUCUCAGAACGCAGCUCAGUCUGACUAAGGAAGGGCCAUGGACCCCAGGAAUCAGUACUCCCUUUUCCAGAGCUGUUCCCAGCAAGACUCCGAAGGAAGAUAAAGAGAAAACCACCAAAGAUAAGGAUUCCAACAGAAGGCAGUACGUUGAAGCAGGAACAUUCCUGGUGAUGGAGAUCAAGCUGGACAAGGCCUUGGUACCAAAGCGAUUGCGAGAGGAGCUCACCAGACGGGUCAAGCAGAUGAUUCCUCCUCGCCCUCCGCUGCCUCCCCGGACUGCAGGAGCCAAGAAGGCCGUGGAAGAUUAUCACAACCAUGUCACGAGCAUUGCCAUCGCCAUCCUAAGUGAAUACCAUGAGCUCUUUGGGAAGCAGCUGCCUGACCGGGGAGCAAUAGACCACCAAACCCUGGAGGAACAGAAGCGUCAGCUCAACUUCGAGCUUCAUAACUCUGGGAAAUAUUUUGCUUUUAAGGAACAACUAAAGUAUGCUGUUGUGAAGAUUGUGAGGGAGAAAUACCUGAAGACCACAGCAUUUGAAACCCAGGAGCAACUCCAGGCGUUUCUCAGUGAGCUCUACGUGUACCUCAUGGACCAGAUGCACGUUGCCUUGAACCAGCUACUGUUCGAGGAGGCUGCUCCCCCUGUCCCCCCGUCCCGCAUGACCGAGGAGCAGCUCUGGCUCUUUGCUCGCGAAGCUGAAGUCAACAAGGACUACAAGCUGGCAUCUGUCUACCACCAGCAGAGGUUAGGUCAGGACCAGCGCAACAUCCAGUACUGGCUGGACUAUGGGGCGUUCCGCCUCCUGCUCGAGGAGACAACCGAAGCCCAGGAGUGCUUCCGGCAGGCUCUUUCUCUGGACCCCCAGCACAUCCAAAGCUUGCUGCUCUGCGGGAUUGUGGCAGUCGCGCUGCAGCACUACGAAGAGGCAGAGAUUUUCUUUGAGAACGCCUGCUGCUUGGAGCCAUCCAGCGUCGUAGCCUGGACGCUUUCAGGUUUGUUUUAUGAGCUGCAGAAUAAUAAUAUUCAGGCGGAGAUGGCCUUCCGUGAGGCUAAGAAACUACUGCAAGCACAGCUCGCCAAGGAGAGGAGCAUCCCUGAGGCUGCUGCGGGAGAAGGAGGGGAAAAGCAAAUUUCUGCCGCGUGUGUGAGGUCUCCCAGCCCAGACCCAGGAGAGUCCUUGCCAGAUGGCUCAGCCAAAAGGGUGCCAGAGGUGGUGGAGCCAGCUCUGGCCUGUGCGGCACCCAGGGAAGAGGCUACUGCACCGGAGGCAGCCCCAAAAGCACCAUCCCCUGUUUCAGGACUUAGCCAACCUCCCUGCACAAUCUUCAUGAAGACAGUGGAAUUCCUGAUGAAAGUCAAUGCCGUCCAGUUUGUUCACAUGGCGCUCGCCCACGAGCUGCUGAGCCUUCAGGGAGGUCCCUCCUGUGCAUACUACCUGGCGCUGGCCCAGACUUACUUGCUGAAGGAAGAUUUCUCCAAAUGCGAAGAAUGUCUCUGCGAGGCCGUUAGAAUCGACUACAUGAAUCCAAAUGUCUGGGCUCAGAAAGGGCACCUGUGCUACCUGAAGAGGGACCUUCGUGAGGCAAAAGAGUGCUAUGAGCGAACCAUCAGUUUUGUGGAGGAUGCUGCGGAUAUGCACUUUGUCUACCUCCGCCUGGGCUCCAUCUACCUGGAAGAAAAAGAGUACGGCCGGGCGAAGCAGACCUACCUGCUUGCCUGCAAGAACUCUGCGUCCUGUCUCACCUGGCUGGGGGUGGGAAUCGCCUGCUACAGGCUGGAAGACAUGGUGGAAGCAGAGGACGCUCUCUCCGAGGCCAAUGCCCUAAAUAACACCAACGCUGAAGUGUGGGGAUACCUCGCCCUCAUCUGCCUGCAAGGAGGACGGCGGUUGGAGGCAGAGCAGUGCUACAAAUACACCCUCAAGGUCUGUGUCUCCGUGCUGCCUGCGGGGUUGGUAAGGGCAGGCCGUGGGCUGCCGGCCAGCGGGAAGGACACCAUCCCAGCGUGUUCCCACCCCGCAAAGCACUUUCCCUUUUAA